AUAAAUAUUAUUAUAUCUACUUAUAUAUUUAUUAUCUACUUAUAUAUACAUAUAUUACAUUACUAAUAUUUAUUAUCUACUUAAUAUAUAUUUAUUAUCUUAUAAUUAGCUACUUUACAUAUAUAUAUAUAUAUAUAUAUAUAUUAUAUAACUUAUAUUCCUUAUCUACUUAAUCUCUACUUAUUAUUAAUAUAUUAUAUCUACUUAUAUAUUUAUUAUCUACUUAUAUAUACAUAUAGUACUUUACUAAUAUUUAUUGUCUACUUAAUAGUUAAUAUAUACUUACUAUCUUCUUAAAGUAGAUAAUUUGAUAUCUAAUUAUCUACUUUACAUACAUAUAUUAUCUUCUCCUUAUUCAUCAUCAACCAAUCGGCCAAUCCACCAAGAUGGAGCGCGGUAGACAUUCUUUGGAUAUCGGAAAUCUCCAACGCAACCGAAAGAAGGAGAUUGCGAGAACUCAUCCUAGUUUGCGCAAAAAAAGCGGGCAGUCCGGAUCUUCUUCUCAAAGUGGAUGGGAGGACGAACCGGAAUACCAACGGCGAGAUGGUGAAAGAAUGUCCGACGAGCAACUACAACAACUAUUGGCUCAAAAUUCUCAAUUUUUCCAUCAACGAGACAUCCCGGACGAUAUUCACACCAUUGACGAAGAAGAGCUCGAGGAUGACGAUCCGGAGGAGGACGCGGGGGGCGCCGGGAGUCACGGCACCCCGGAUGAGGAGCAAGCGGCGGAUUACGAGGGUGGUUCAUCCCAAAUAGGUACGAAAUCUAAAUCUCCUAUUAUAGAAAAUAAUUUUAAAAAGUAUAAAGACCCAAGCACCGAGAAAUGGUACGCCGAUUGAUUAGUAUCUCUGUUCUAAAAAUCGUUCUAGGCGCCCGACUAGUCCCCGCCUAGGCGCUAGGCGGUGGCCGGGCGCCCCGAUUUUCAUCUAGGCGCUCCGACUAAUUGGUUUGCCGCCUAGGUGAAUUAGUCGGCCGCCUAUGGCGCCUAGUUACCCGCCUAGAACGCCUAAUUGGCCGCCUAGGCCGUCUAGAUUCGCCGAACAUUACUUUACUUUUUAAUUUUACUUUUCCAAGCAAUAUACAUACUUUAACUUUAGCCAUGAAUAUAAAGAAAUGAAGUUGUAAAUUGAGAUAAAACUAUACAUGUUUGUAUAUAUACCUAAAUUUUAUCAUUAUUUAUAUUUAUAACAUAAUGAAGUUAAGUGAUUAUUUAUCAUAUACUACGUAUGAUUAAAUGUGAUAAUUCUAUCUUUCAUGUUUGGUAAUGUAUAAGUAUAUAUGUACUUUAUACACACAAAAAUAAAAUAUUACUUAUCAUAUUUAUGCAAAAAUAUAGAUAAAAAUGCAAUUUCUAUAUAUGUCUCCGAUUAGUCCCCGACUAGGCGCCCGCCUAGCCGCCUAGGCGCUGGGCUGGCGCCCGACUAGCGCCUAGCGCCUUUUAGAACAUUGAUUAGUAUUUUACAAUUUAUUAUUUUAUCCUCAAUUCUCUAUUGUAAUUUGUGAACUUGUAGAUUUGUAGUUCAUAUUUCAAAUCAAUAAAAGUUAAAUUUUAUUAUAUGUCGCAUUUUUUAAUUAUAUUAUAUUAUUAUUACUUAAUACAAAAUGUAUUAGAAUUAAUUGUUCUCAAUUCUCAAAAUGUACUUAUUACUUAUUUCACAUAAAUGUACUUCAAGAUUGUUUUUAAAUAAUUUUAAUAUCCAAGAUUCCAAGUAGAUGUAUAAGACUAUAAGUUAAAAAAAAAAAAUUAAAGGCCCGACCCGCCGGUUCACCCGGCCCGGGGCCCGGCCGGGUCACCCGGCCCGAACCGGCACCCGCUUACAGGCGGGCCGGGCCUUACAUUUCCGAACCGAGGCCCGGCCAGGCCUAGGCCCGAACCGGGCCCGAACCGGCCCGAGUCCAGGCCUACCCGAGCCCGGACCGGAAACCCCUCGGGUCGGGCCUACUCGGACCGGUCACUGGCCGGACCACCGGGUCGGGCCAGGCCGGUUUCGGGUCUGGCCACCCGGCCCGAGUCCACCACUAAAUCUGAGUCAUACAACUUUUACUUUAUUAUUCCAUGUGCAAGUCAAUAUUGAUAGAAUUUUAUAGGACAAAGCGAUAUUCAAAUAACAGUCUCUAAAAAGAAGUUCGUGGAUAAUUUAAUUGAAUAUUAUAAAAGAAAGGACGAGUUUUGGCAAAGACAACAUGAAACCAUGAGAGAGAUGUUAGAAAAGGGUGUACUUGCAACCCGAAGAUGAUUGAGUCAAGAAAGUAAUUUAGCUCGGUUGAGAAUUACUUGUUAAAGUUCACAUUUUACAAUCAUUAUUCCUAUUCUUUGUAUGUAGACUCCUACAAUGCAAACUUACGAUAAUACAACCCUCAAUCCCUCAUGUCCCAUAAAAUUUGGCUAUUUUGACUUUUCUUGGUCAAUGAUGAUUGAGUUUGACAAAUAAUUUUAACACAAAAUUAUUUGUAAUAUGAAAAUUAUAUGUAAAUGUUCUUCGUUAAAGACACUUUUAUAAAAGUAUAAAAGUUUUAAAUUUUACACAAAUAUAAUAACUAAAAUCUUUGUUCAAAGUUUAUUAGCAUUGACCAAGAAAAGUAAAUUUGGCUAAGUUUUGUGGAACGGAGUGGAUAUAAAUAUAUAAUUGAUGAUGAAAGUGUUUUAAAAUCAACAAACAUUGCUUUUAAUGAGUUGGAACUAGACUUACAAUACAUUGAUGCAUAUCGCUUCAAAUUGCCACUCAAUAACCUAUAUGCUUUUAAAAAAAUUGUCUGCACAUGCGGGCUAGACAUAAUAGAUUAGUCUUACACCUCACUCACUCGGAUCCGGAGCCUCUACCUUACUUUAGAGUAAGGUAGAGUGCUUGCUUCCUCCCGAUCGUCCGAUCGACAAUUCAACGGUCGGAGAUCUUGGGCUCCACUUUUUUGCCAAUCUUGAGGCCGUGUUGGCCGUUCCCCUUCCGUCCGAUGCGCAAGGCACCCUCCUAGUCGGGUAGAGGAUCCCAAUCCCACUCACUCGCCUCGGUUUAUACAGAUGUGCCCAUGCUUGAGAAAAGUACGUGAUCCGCGACUAGAUUAAUAGGUAUAGAAAUGAGAGUUGGUAGUGUGUCUUCUCUCUUACUGUUAAGACCUGGGAUUCCAUCCUAAAAGGUCAACCUGUUAGGAGGAGUAGCCCGAACCUUAAUAUAGCACUCUAGUGCUUCUCAAUUUUCCGAUGUGGGACAUUUAACACCCCUCCUCACGACCAGACACUUUGUCUGGAUCAUCGUGUCGUCAUUCAUUUUUUCAUCGAUUCGUCAAUUUUUUUUUAUCAUGUCGUCAUUUUUCAUAAGGGGCCCCACACCAUGGAUCGAUUUGGCUCUGAUACCAUGUUAAGACCUGGGAUUCCAUCCUAAAAGGUCAACCUGUUAGGAGGAGUAGCCCGAACCUUAAUAUAGCACUUUAGUGCUUCUCAAUUUUCCGGUGUGGGACAUUUAACACUUACAUUAUUCUUUGUAUGAUUUAUCUCCGGUUCCCAAUUCAACUUAAUAUCAGUCCAUAAACGUAUUGCUUGUGUGAAUUGUGCUACUAGAUUCUCCACUAAAAUACUAAAUACUAGUAUGUGUUUUGUGUUGGGUCAACAAGUGAGAAGACGAUUCACACAACAUAUAAAUCACAGGGGUUAGAUCACAUGUCCAACACUAAUACUCUCUCUACUAAUACAACAUUGCUUCUACGCAAUUGCUUUCAACAUCCAAAUCUUAUCAUACUAGGACAAUUUAUUCUUGUUACGCAUAAUUUUUUAUCUAUUUGGUGAGUAUUGUGUCAUUUUAAUUUAUUCUAGAGAUUCAUAUCAAAAUACAUUUAUAAAAGAGAAAUUACUCCCUUGUCUUUAGUUUGUACCAUACUCAUGUUUGAGGGCUAAAUAAAGCUAAGUUUAUCUUUGAUUUUCAAUAUUUUGUCACCUCCAUUAGUCAUUUCUAUCAGUGUACUUGAUUUAUUAUAUUGCUAAAGAAGUCCCCACAUUUAAACAUAUUUUAGAGGUUUUUGACCUCUUUCAUGAUGUCAAGACUCAAUUUGUUUGGUGAUAAAAACCAUCCUAUCUGAAAUAGCGGAGGAAUAUUUUUAUGAUCAUUUUCCUGCUCUCAUGGAUAUUUGUAGGGAUUUCACUAAUCUUCAUAUUCAAACACCACCAGACCAGGACGGCAGGACCCAAUAUUUUAGAGGCCCUGUUCCAAACUAAAUAGGAGGCCCUGAAUUACUGAAUAUAAAGCAAAAAAAAACUAAAUUUCUAAAUUUUAGGAGUUUUUUUCCGUAUUAAUGUUAAUUAAUUAAUUAAUUACGAAAAUAGGGUUGGGUUAAAAGUAUUUACCAAAAUACUGCUGGGUUAACCAUGGUCGGGGUAAGUCGCCCAACGGUUGGGCGACUUUUCCUUAAGUAAAAAUCGGGUCUCGCCCCAAACAGAACACUUCACAAAAGCCUCCCCCAACUGAAAGUAGCUGCUGCGACGGACGAAGAAGAAGACGGACGAACCGCCAUCUCCAACUCCGGCGCUCCUCCAUCUCCGGCGACUCCACUCCGGCAACCCUCCAUCUUCAUCUUCAACACUCUUUACUCCUUAUUCUAGGUAAAUCCAAAUCCAUUUCAUAUAAUUUUGCACUUAGGGUUUAGAAUGUUAAUUGUUUUUUUAAUUUUGGGAUUAUGAAUUGAUUGUGAAUGAAGUUGUUGUGAAAUGUGAAUAUGUAUGAAAUGUUGAAAUUUGAUUUUAAAUUGUUUGUAAAUUGUAAUGUGUAUUUUGACAUUUGGGCAUUUGGGUAUAGUUGAAUGUACCUAAAUUUGGGUAUUCAAAGGUAGACAUUGAAUGUAGAUAUCAAAAUUUGGGUAGUUUGUUAUUGAAAUGUGAAUUGUUUGUGAAUUUGGAGUUAAUGAUAUAUUACAAUUUUGGAAGCAAUUUCUAUUAAAAAUGUGAAUGUGUAUAAAGUGUGUAUAUUGAUGCCUACUCAUGAAUGUUGGACAAUGAGUUGUUAUUAGAAGAUGGAUUUCUCAAGCUUCCCACUCGUGUGUCAUUGGGGAGGGAACUAUUAUGAGAAUGGUGGGCAAAUAUGCCAUGAAGGUGGCAGAACGAGCUUUGUCAUGGUUUCUCGUGGCGCUUGCAUGGUCGAGAUCCUUCAAAAAAUACAUGCAGCGACAAUGAUUCAUCCCGGCCGUUCAUUGCGGUUGAAAAUGAAAUUUCCCAUGAACGGGGGAAAGUACAUGCUUAUGCCGCUCAUUGAUGAGCUAGCUAUAACAAAUAUGUGGGGCAUAAUUCAGAUGGAGGAUAUGUCGUCGCUGGAGGUAUACAUUGAGGAAUGCUUUGACGCUAAUGCUACUCAAUCGACAUCAAAUGCUGGUGUAUCUAGGCAUGAUGUCAUUCCAGGGGUGAAUGCAGGAAAGUCGUCAAAGGUUCCUGUACUAGACAUGGUUAUACAGGAGGAUGGCAGGUAUUUGCACAACGGUGCGUCAUUUGUGGAUGGGCAGGGAAGUGAUGAUGAUGCAGACGAGAACAUCAAUGGUGACGACAUGACAGAAUCUGAUGAAGAUGAUGGUGAUACUGUGACAUCAACUGCCCCGUCUAGCCACUUCACUAGAAUGUAUGAUCUCCCUGAAGGUUUUACUGAUGCGUGGAUGAGUGGAUCAGGUGAGAAAAGGUUUACCCCCGAUGGUGAGUUUGAGGUCGGUCAACAGUUUGACAACAAAGAACAAGUCAUCAAUAUGGUGAGCUUGUAUUCUAUCAAACGGAACCAAUUCUAUCGGGUGAUAGAGUCCGAUAAACACAAAUGGGUGGCACAAUGCAAAAGGAAGAAAGAAUGUCAAUGCCCCUGGAGAAUACGCGCCACAAAGAACAAAGGCAACCUUGACACCUUCACAAUUGUGCGUUAUUCUGGACCUCAUUCUGCUUCUUGUGUAGGCAACAUCGACACUACAGAUCACGUGGCCUUGACAUCAGAAUUCAUCUGUAAAGAUGUGGUUGACAUUAUUCGCACUGAUCCUUCUCUUAAAGUGCAUACUAUCAUCGAGAUGUUGAAGGAAAAAUAUGGGUAUACGGUAUCUUACCGGAGAACAUGGAUGGGGAAGCAAAAGGCCAUAGCACAAAUAUUUGGCGGUUGGGAAAAGUCAUAUUUCGAAUUGCCCCGUUUCAUGACAGCGCUCCAACAUUCUAAUACAGGAACUGUUGUUCAGUGGUACCCACCCCCUAAUGGUGCGACAGGUUAUAUGAUGUUUCAAAUAGUAUUUUGGGCAUUCAAGGCAUCAAUAUCUGGUUUUUAGCAUUGUCGACCCGUACUUACUAUUGAUGGCACACACAUGUAUGGAAAGUACAAGGGCACAUUGCUCGUGGCCAUGGGUUGUGAUGCGAACAACCAAAUUUUCCCAAUUGCCUUUGCAGUUGUUGAAUCCGAGAAUGGAGACAGUUGGCCAUGGUUUAUGGCAUGUAUUAGGCAUUUUGUGACUAACAGGGAGUUGUGUGUCAUUUCAGAUAGACAUGGAGGUAUUGUUAGGGCAAUGAAUGAGGUUGGAAGUAAUUGGGAGGAGCCUUAUGCGCAUCAUAGGCUAUGCAUCCGUCAUCUUGCUUCAAAUGUGCACACUCAUUUCAAAGACAUUCAUUUAAAAAAUCUAUUUGUGUGGACCGCACGGCAACAUCAGAAAAAAAAAUUUGAUAGUGGGUUCAAGAAGAUAGGUGAAAUGAGUAGGGAUGCACGACAAUUUUUGGCCAACAUUCCUCCAGAAAUGUGGUCGCUGCACCAUGAUGGCGGGUACAGAUACAGUACCAUCACUUCAAAUCUGGCUGAGGUUUUCAAUAGCAUCAUGAAAAAUGCUAGAUAUUUGCCCAUUACCGCCUUGGUCCAGGUGUCUUUUUACCGGGUUAAUGCGUACUUUGUGAAUAGGCGUGAAACUAGUAAGUUGAGGCUCACACAAGGCCACGAGUACUCCCCAUACAUCACAGAUUUAAUUGAAAAAAAUAGAGAGAAGGCAAAGCAUCACAUUGUCACUCCUUUUGAUUUAGGGCGAGGUAUAUUUCAGGUGGAGACCGGUUGUGGUGGCAGAACGUUGGGAAAGGGUGGGAGAAAACAAACUGUCCAUCUACAACGGAAAACGUGCACUUGCAAAAAGAUGGAGAUAUACAAGAUUCCUUGCUCCCAUGUAUUAGCCGUGUGUAGACAACGUAGUUUGUCUUAUGCUCCAUUUGUGGAUAAGUUCUUCUCUUCUGACCAAUACGCCGCCACGUAUCAUAGGGUGUUCAAACCGAUUCCUGAUCGUGAUUAUUGGCCCAAUUACAAUGGACCCGAAAUCGUGCACGAUCCAUCCAUGCUUCGGGCAAAGGGAAGACCAAAGUCGACCCGUAUUAAGAAUGAGAUGGAUGAAGGCCCACGAGGAACGGUUAGAUGUGGAAGAUGCCACCAAACCGGCCAUAAUAGAGCGACAUGUGCAAAGAGAUCAUCUAGACAAGAGGGGGGGUCCGCCGGGUAUGUGUAUAUUUAGAGUCAAUCAUAAUUCAUUAUUUCCUUGCAAGGAAAAUUAAUAAAUUCAAAAAAGGAAGUUAAAAAAAAUUUAAUACAUUAUACAAUUACAACUAAUACAAUUAGAACUAAUACAAAUUUUGUUUGUAGGCAUGGAGGUGAUAGCGGAUCCUGGGCCGAGUGAUCCUUCUGUCCUGACACUGCAGGCCUCACACAGGAGUGAGGAUGUUUGGCUUGGCAUGGAUGUGCAGGUUGAUAGGUGCCGCGAGCAUCUGCGGGGUUUGUCCCAUUUACAUGUCGACCCCAGAGUCCUAGCAUAUGUUCGUGCAGCAGGUUUUUUUACACUGCAUAGGUUAGUGGCUACUGUGCCUUUAGAUAGAGCCCUCCUCACUGCUCUACUUGAGCGUUGGAGGCAGGAGACACAUUCAUUUCACCUCCCUGUUGGUGAGGUCACUGUGACAUUGGGAGAUGUGGCUGUACUGACCGGGUUAGAGGUUGAUGGGAGAGCUGUUACAGGCACUGCUUGUCGACAGUGGGUGGAUGAGUGUGAGAGGUUGUUAGGCAUCCGCCCCGUUCUUAGGGCUGACCUUCAGGGGUCAUCUCUUAGGAUGCCAUGGUUGAGGGAGCACUUCCAGGCCCUUCCUCCCGACGCUGAUGAGAUGAUCAUCCAGCAGCAUGCUCGGGCGUAUAUAUUGAUGAUGAUGGGAGCCUCCAUUUUCGCUGACAAGAGCGGAAAUGAGGUUCAGGUGCUACACCUGCCAUUGCUGGAGAGGUUUGAUGUAGCAGCACAGUUUAGCUGGGGUAGUGCCACCCUGGCUUAUCUCUACAGGCAGCUGUGUCGCGGGUGCCAGAGAGGGAGCACAGAGCUGGGGGGAUUUUUGCUACUCCUCCAGAUUUGGUCAUGGGAGUAUAUCCACAUUGGCCGUCCCAUUAUAGUUGGAUAUCAUGGCAUUGAUGGACAGCCACUGCCUGAUGAGCCUCCACGUCUGCUAGGACCACAUCAUGUACGGGGCGUGGACCCUCUAGGCCGUCGGUGGCUAUAUGCUGGUGUAUCUCGCAUGUCAUCCGCUACUGGCCUCGGUGUGUACAGGGAUGCAUUGGAUCGGAUGUCAGAGGACCAGAUCACAUGGAUGCCGUAUAGACCUGAUAUGUUAGCAGAGUUGCCCCCAGCUGGACGAGAGCAGACUCACAUAUGGCGAGCACGUGUGCCGCUGAUAUGUUUUGACAUUGUUGAGCUUCAUUUGCCUGAUAGAGUCAUGCGACAGUUUGGGUUUGAGCAGGUCAUUCCACGUCCUAUCGACACUUAUGUAGAGCUGCAUAAGCUGGAUAGGCGUGGGAAGCAUACAGAGGAUUGGGCACUCAGACAUGUCCGAUACGUGACUAUGUGGGAUAGGAGAGCUGAGCUAGCCGUGGCUGGGACACCCACAUAUGUGCCAUCAGUUUCAGGAGAUUACAUGGGAUGGUACUACAGCAUCACUCGGUUGUUUGUGUCUCCUUCGUUCAGACUCCCUACUCAUCAUUAUCAGCCUAGCUCAUUGGCAUUGCAUCUUACGACACGAGCUUUGCAGCGCAUACAUCAGCGGGCUACUGCCACUGUGACUGAUAUUCCUGAUGUGGACAUGUAUGGACAGACUCUGACAGGCAUUGCCUCGUUAUGCUCAGAUGUGUUGGGUCGAGUAGACUACGGACAUCUUAUACACAUGCCCGCAUCUCAGGAGAUGGCAUCCACGUCUAGUGCAGCCGCGGCUUCAUCAUCCCAGACGCAACAUGAGAGAGUGGUUCUUCAACCACGACAACGCCGUAGGCGUAGACAUGAGCAGCAACAUCUCCAUGACGAAGCUGAUUGAUGGGAACUUGUAGUUUGUCUUUUGUAUUGUAGUUUUUCUUAUGCAAUAGAUGUUGUAGGAACAAUUUACAAGUUUUGAUGUAUUUUCUCUUGUUAAGUAUUCUAUGUUGUAUUGAUGUGUUCGAGUAUGAAUAUUACAUGAUUAUUUGUUAUGGCAUAUAUGAUGAUUGAACUGUGUUAUACCGGUUAUGAUUUGAAAGUUUUUUAGCGGUGUUUAUAAGGUGUUUUUUAUGUUGUUGAGAGUAGGUGAUUAUCAUGUGUUGUAUCUAGUUUGUAACACUUCAAAAGGAGAAAGGAGACCUUAUUUGUAGCAAACAGAUCGGAUUGGAUUGAACCAGGGCGAAAAACAAGCUGAUUUGGUGUUUUAGGUAAUA